AUGGCCCACCGCCGCGACUCGACACCGACCUCGGACGGCCUCGGCACCAAGCGCAAGCGCCUCCCCGCGUGCGACUGCUGCAAGAUGCGCCGCCUCAAGUGCGACCCGGUCCCGCCGCCGGCGAGCUGCUCGAGGUGCAAGACGACCGGCGUCGUGUGCACCACCACCCCUGUCGUACGCAAGAAGGCCGUCCCGAGGUCUGGCAAGCGCAUCGAGGAGGCCAAGGCUACAUUCGGCACCGCAGAUCCCGACGCACCCGACUUCAUGGGUGCGUCCAACACGCCCUGGAUGCAGCCCAGCCAGUCGAGCGUGCCCGAGGCGCUCGCGACGAGCGUGCGCGAGCCGUCCGUGUCGCAGCAAGACGUCGACGCCCGACUCGCCGCGCAAGAGCUCGACGGCGCACUCGUCGCCCACCUCCUCGAGCUGUAUCAGACGUUCCCGCAGUCGUGGCUGCCCAUCGGUGCCCGAGGCCGCAUCGCCCACCAGUUCGAGGCCGCUGGUCGACGACUCGAUGCCCUUCCUCCACAAGCCGAGGUCCUCGCCCUCGUCACCAUCGCCCUGUCGUCCCGCCUCUCGUCCCAUCCGGCGCUCUUCUCGCCCGGCGCGAGCUCGAUCCCGUCCUGUACGACCUUGACGCCCGACGUCCUCGCGACCCAGCCCGACCUGCGCGAGUUCGGCCACCGUCGCGAGGCCGCGUGCGAGGACCUGCGCCGGCGCGCCGUCGAGCUCGCGUGGCAGCGAGGGACGCUCGUCGAGACGUGCGACGAGUCGCUCGCGAGCUGCUACUUGCUCGAGAUGCUCGAGGGCUACAAGGACCCGGCGGCGGGCAAGCCGUACGGCAGCGCGUUCGUGUCGCACCUGCAGACGAUCCUCAACGCGCAAGACUCUCCAGGUGCGCCAACGAAGGUCAUCAACAUGUCGCUCGGGUGGAGCGCCCUCAUCAUGCGUGAAGCUCUUCUCGCCGCCAACACGCGCCGCACGUCCCACUUUACCGCGACCGACGACCUGCUCCUGUGCGGCGAGGUGCCUGGCUCGGUCGACGAGGCGCUCCUCAAGUCGGUCGACGACGUCGACGUGCGCGACUCGGUCACGCUCUUCUUCUCGCCCAUGCGGCCGUUCACGUUCCACGUCGCCCGACUCGCGAGGGAAUGUGGCGAGAACGUCUCGGGCACCGCCGCUCGCCGCCAGCCGUUCAACGAGCCGUUCGUCGCCAAGUACCUCACCCAGCUCGACCACCUCCUGCACCUGUUCGCCAUCCUCGAGGCGCGCAUCGCCUAUGUCCUGUCGCCCGCCGCGAGCGCCGCCCACGCGCUCCCGGCCCCAUUCGAGACCGAGCGCACCUUCAUCAUGCGCGCAUGCCUGCACACGCUCGGCCUCGCGUGGGCCGCCCUGUCGCUCCCCGUGCAUACCGAGCUCCGGCGCCGGCUCGCCGCCCUGCGCGACGAGGACGGGUUCCCGCCUGCUGCGGCGAGCGCAGGGGCGGCGGCGACGCAGGCGAGCGAGCGGCGGCGCGCGAUCGAGCGGCUCGAGGUGCUGCAGCGGCAGGUGGGCGCGACGGCGCUCAAGGCGGCGAGGAUGGUGGCCCAGUGCGUGCACGAGGCGCCGAGCUUGGCGUUCUUGACGCAGCUCCGCAGCGAGUACCUCGAGCGGUGGGUCGAGGUGCUGCGCGAGGCGAGGACCGAGGAGGACGGAGGAGGCGAGGGCAUCUCGCGCGAGCAGAAGGAGCGCGACUUGAGUUGGCUCCUCGGCGGGCUCAAGACGAUGGGCUGGGCGUGGAGUGACGGCGCCCCGCUCAUCUCGAGGAUCGAGCACGCGCUCGACGACCUCGCGCACGACCGCCAUCAGCGUCGGGCGAGCGAGAUGGGCGCCAACCUGUACGACGUGCAUCACCUCGACGUCAAGAUGCCCUCGCCGUCACCCGUCUCGAUGCAGCCGACGCCGUCGGGCCUGCCCGCCGUCUUCUCGGCGCCGCCGUUCGCCACGGGCUCGUACGCCUCGUCCAGCACGCCUGCUCCAGCCGCCACGCCCAUCUCGUCCUACUCGGCGCCACCACAGCCACCUCGAGCAUCCGCUCACAGCCCGGGCAUGGGCUCGUUCUUCGCCCCUCCUCCGCCACCUCCCGCACCUCAUCCUCGUCCGCCGCACCACCACCAGCUGCAUCACCAGCACCACCAGCACUCGGUCGCCCGCUCGUCGGCACCUCCCCUCUCGACCGUCUUUGCCGGCGCGCCCACCCCGCCGUCGCACCCGCACGCCCACUCGCACCCGCACUCGCAGGCCCAAGCGCACCCUCCCACGCCCUCGCAGGCGCCACCUCCUCCUCCCGCGCCGCCGCUCCAGCCCUCGUCCGGCAUGCCCGACCUGUUCGAGCUCGUGUCGCUCUACUCGUCCGGGUCGCUCGACCCGCUCAUCGGUCAGGCGACGAGCGCGGGCAUGGACGUCAACGCGCUCGCGGCCCAAUACCUCGACGGCACGUUCGACCUGCCGUCGCUACUCGGCCAAGUGCCGAGCAUGGCGUCGGGCGUGCCCAUGUCGGGGUUCGUGACGGCGCCGAGCGCAGGGAGCGCCGCGGGAGGAGGAGCGGGAACGGGAGGAGGGCAGCAGCCGGACCCGGGCGAGUUCGACCUCGCGAGCUUGCUCGCCGAGCCGGUCUUUGCGCCGACGCCGAGGGCGCAAGACUAAAGAGUCUGGCGUAGACGAGAGAGCGUGCAACGAGCAGCAGCUCCCGAGCGCGA